AUGGCGGCGGCUCCGGACACACGGCGGGUCCAGGUGGCCGAGCAUCCCAGAUUGCUGAACUUGAAGGAGAAGUUCAUCUCCAAAUUUGGAGCCACUCCUAAAUUUUAUGCGCGAGCCCCAGGGCGAGUCAACCUAAUAGGAGAGCACAUAGAUUACUGUGGAUACUCUGUCCUGCCUAUGGCGGUAGAGCAGGAUAUACUAAUCGCAGUUGAACCUGUGCAAACCCAAGUUCUCCAACUGGCCAAUACUAACCCUCUCUAUCCGGAUUUCAGCAGCAGCGUUAACGACAUUCAGAUUAACGCAGCCCAACCUCUGUGGCACAACUAUUUCCUGUGUGGACUGAAAGGAAUUCAGGAACACUUCAGCCUCAGGAACCUGACAGGGAUGAACUGCCUGGUGGACGGGAACAUCCCUGCCAGCUCUGGGCUCUCCAGCUCCAGUGCCUUAGUCUGCUGUGCCGGGCUCGUGGCCGUCACUGCUUACGGAUUGACCCUCUCCAAGGUGGAGCUGGCAGAAAUCUGCACGAAGAGCGAGCGCUACAUCGGCACCGAGGGAGGAGGCAUGGACCAGUCCAUCUCGUUCCUCGCAGAGGACGGAACUGCUAAGCUGAUUGAGUUCAGCCCGCUGCGGGCCACGGAUGUGCAGCUUCCAGCCGGUGUCGUUUUCGUGGUCGCUCAUAGUUGUGUGGAAAUGAACAAAGCUGCAACCUCGCAUUUCAACAUUCGCGUGAUGGAGUGUCGACUCGCAGCCAAGCUGCUGGCCAAGUCCCAGGGGCUCGACUGGGUUGACGUGUGGAGGCUGGCGGAGGUGCAGGCCAAGCUGGGCCUGACGCUGGAGGAGAUGCAGACUGUGCUGGACGGCGCCCUGCACCCUGAACCCCACAGCCCUGACGAGAUCUGCCAACAGCUGGGAAUCAGCCUGCACGACCUGCGCUCCCAAAUCCUUAGCCCCAACACCCGAGAUGUGACUGUCUUCAAGCUGUACCAGAGAGCCAAGCACGUGUUCAGCGAGGCUGCGAGGGUUCUGGCCUUUCGGAGGAUUUGCCAGGAGGAACCGGCUUCCAUGGUGCCGCUGCUGGGAGACCUGAUGAACCAGAGUCACGAGAGCUGCCGGGAACUGUUUGAGUGCAGCUGCCCCGAGCUGGACCAGCUGGUCCAUGUCUGCCGGCAAGGUGGGGCACGGGGCUCCCGCCUCACUGGAGCGGGGUGGGGUGGCUGCGUGGUGUCCAUGGUUCCUGCCAACGGGGUGGCGGCCUUCCUAGCCCACGUGAACGAUGCCUACUACCUGCCCCGCCACCCUGCCUCCACCUCUGACGUCUCUUCUGCUGCCACCGACAAAGAUACUGCAGCUGCCGCCGUCACCGCUACUUCCUCAGCUACUGCCAUCAGGGGGCAGGGCUUGUUUGCCAGUAGGCCGGGGAGUGGGGCUUCGGUCUUCCUGGAGGCCUGAGGGCUGUGGAGGCGCGUAAACGGCCUCUCCAUCAUGUAGCGGGUUCUUCCUCCCGGGCUUCUGCGGUCCCGUGACUAAUGAGGGGAUGGAUGUUGUGACUGAUGUGGUGGAUGUAGCGACGGGUGUGGGGACGGGAUGUGGUGAUAGGUGGGGAAUGAAUGCAGUGACAGAUGUGGUGGAUGCAGGGAUGGGUGCGGUGAUGGGGAUAAUGAUAAUAAUAAUAAUGAUGGCAUUUAUUAAUCGCUUACUAUGUGCCAAGCACUGUUCUAAGCACU